CGUCCCGUCCCAUCCAAAAGAAAACAAGACAUGGCCUCAGCUCCUGUCCCCUCAAACGCCUCAAGCCCGUCACGUCCAGCUCCUGUCCCACAUCCACCACAACAGUCCCAUCCCCGCCCAUGUUUGCAUAGCCUGAACGCACAGGGAUGCUUGGAAUUAUGUUGGAAGCCUGCUGGUGGUGGUGGCAACCCUCCUCCUCCUCCUCCUCCUCCUCCUCCCGCGGGAAGGGGCGGCGCACAGGGAUGCUUGCAAUGGUGGAAACCUGCUGCUGGUGGUGGCAACCCUCCUCCUCCUCCUCCCGCGGGCAGGGGCGGCGCACAGGGAUGCUUGCAAUGUUGGAAGCCUGCUGGUGGUGGUGGCAACGGCGACAACGUCAACAACGGCGACAACGGCCGCGGCGACAACGCGACAACGGCCGCAGCGACAACGGCGACGACCGGUAACAACGGCGACACGGCCGCGCGACGCCAAGCCACGAAAAGAGGCUGAAAAGCAUGAGGAUACUGCUGUUUUCUUUUUUCGUUUUUUCAACUGCCAUUCUGGCGGCUAAUUGGACAGGUACCAGAGUACCUGACCUGAAAAUUGUCCUAGCUGCUGGGGUUG